CUUCCCGCACGCUGGGAACGCACGGAACGUACAGCACGCAACUGUGUGUGGAGUGGCGCAGCGAAGUGUCGGUGCGAGGCCGCGGAAGCGCAAGCGGUAAAGCAGCCCGGAGUCCCGGGAAGGGUCACUCUAAGGCGGAGGACCCUAACUCCCUAGCAGCACAAUGUACAACGGAAUUGGACUCACCACCCCAAGGGGUAGUGGUACCAACGGCUACGUCCAGCGGAACCUGUCCUCGGUCAGACACAAGAAGGACAGGACCGAUUACAAGUCCGAGGAGGAGCUGAAGAAGCUGGAAAACCUCCUUAUGAAGAAACCGAACCAAGAUAUUUUAGAUCACGAGAGAAAAAGGAAGGUGGAGCUAAAAUGUUUGGAACUGGAGGAGAUGAUGGCGGAGCAAGGGUACAACGAUGCAGAGAUCCAAGAGAAAGUCGCCACCUUCAGACUGAUGUUGCAAGAGAAGGAUCUGACACAAAUCAAAGAGGAGGAGAAGCAGAAAGCAAAUGUUUCAGAGACUCAUCAGAUGGCUGAAGCCAAUGAGAAGAAGAAUGAGCGGCUGCGUGCGGCUUUUGGAAUCAGCGACAGCUACGUAGAUGGAAGCAGUUUCGACCCAAACCGAAGAGCUGCUAAUGCAGCAGCCAAACAGCAGGAGCAGCAAAAGCAGUAUAGUCUAGUUGAAGAUUCUGGCAGUUCCCGUUCCCCUUCUCCUGCCAAACACAAGAAAAAGAAGAAAAAGAAAGAUCGAGGGCGGUCUUCAAGUCGCUCUCCCAGCCACAAGGACAAGAAAGCCAAGUCCCAUAAGCACAGAUCUGACUCUAGCUCUAAGAAGCGGAAGCACAGCCCAAAGAGCAAACGUAAAUCCAAGGAGAAGAAAAAAAAGAGAUCUCCUAGUGCCUCCCCAAAGCAGAGAGAUGUUUCCUCCUCUUCACGAGAAGAAACCUCCCGCAGCAGAUCGAGAAGCAGCCCCCCAAGAAGCAAAUCUGAUCGAGCCAAACAUUCGAGCGCUGCAAAGGAAAGCCCAGAGAGAAAACGAUCUGUCUCUCCGAAAAGAAGUCGAAGAAGUGAGAGAGGCCGUAGUCCAGCAGAGAGAACCUAUAAAGAUAAAGUAUCAAGAAAACAGCUAGAUCAGAGGGACCUUUCGCUUUCUACAUCUCCUAAAAGACGUACUGAGAAAGAGGACAUACAAGAUCUUGAUAAGGAGAGAGCACGGGAAAAGGACUCUAGAUCUGAAAAAAAAUCCUCCCGUCCGCAAGCUCUCGAAGAUUCACCCAGUUCCAGCAAGUUGUCCCGAAAAAGAGUUAGACCAGAGAGUCCACAAGGGAAUGAACGCUUCUCCAAUCAAAAAGGGGGAGAAAGGAUAUCAAAAGUAUCCUCACCAGAGCUCAGGAAGUCCCUCGCGGGAAAAUCUGUGUCUGCAAAAGUGUCAAGGAAGGAUAGAAGUACUUCUAGAAGUAAAAACUCUCCGCAGAAAAACACAAAGUCCUCUCCAAGAUUUGAAAAAUACUCUGGAAGCAGGCGGUCUCCUGUAUCUUCUAGCAAGAAGCGUUCACCCAGUGUCCGUUCCUCUUCUUGUUCAUCAUCUUCCUCUUCUGCAACCUCUGAAAGUGUAAAAUCCAGUCCAUUAAGAACAAAAAACGUUGAGGGAAGAGGCCUAACCCACAGCAAGGAGGGUAAAGUCACCAGAGCUAAUUUAGGUGCAAGAGAUGGUAAACCUGGGAGGUCAGUGAGUCCAAUAAAAGAAUCAAAAUCAAAGGUUUCUCCAUUUAGGCGAAAUACUCGCAACAGCGUUUCCAGGAAGAGAAGUGUAUCAAAUAGUCCCCCUAGAGGUGUUAAAUCAAAAACACCUCCAAAGAAACACAGAUCUCCUUCAAACACACCUCCCAGGAGGGCUCGAUCAAAAACUCCUUUACGUAAAGCCCGAUCUCCCGCAUAUUCUCCCCACAAAAGGGCACGCUCCCCACAGCGGAUAGCCAAGUCUCCUAGUGAUUCACCAAGAAAAGAGCGUGUCCUGUCUAAUUCUCCGAGCAGGAAUCGAUCAAGAACACCACAGCGUUGGGUGAGAUCUGUUUCACAAACCCCCCCACGACAUCAGAAAGAACGGGACAGAUCAUCUCAGGGACAUGGGAAAUGCAGAUCUCCACAGCGGAGGCUGGAUACAUCAAGAGAAAGCAGAGAAACACACAAGAGGGAUUUUUACAAGCAGGCAUCUAAAAGUAGGGCAAAUUCCCAUUCUAGAUCACCAGUGGGAAAUGCAAAACCCAGCAAGAGAUCACCUCAGAGGAAGGCUAGAUCUCGUUCUAAGUCUCCAUACACUAAACAAAGGUCAAGAACUUCCUCUCCAACUCGGAAAGUUAGAUCACGUUCUAAGUCUUUAAAUCAGAGGAAGAGAUCUAGAUCUAAACAGAGACGGAAGAAAUCUCGAUCCGCCACUCCUCAGAAAAGAGGUAGGUCACGCUCCAAAUCAGUGCAGCAACGUAAACAUUCACCUUCUUUGUCGCCAAAUGAUUCGAGGUCACGUUCCAGGUCACCUGUGAAGGACACCAAGUCACGUUCUAAGAUUGUUUCCAGGCAUUCUAAAUCGAUUAGUCGUUCACCUCUGAAGUCCCGUUCUCGAACACCCAAAAGAAAAGGUCGAUCCCGUUCAACAUCUAGGCAGAAACAGUCCUACUCCAGACUAACACAUGCAAAGAUAACUUCUCCCAAUGUGCGUGAGGUCUCAAAAUCUAGACAAAAGUCAUCUUCACGCUCUGUGUCACCACAGCAAAAAACGUAUACUUGCAGAUCUUUGUCACCCAAGAAACGUAGCAGUGGCCACUCUAGAGGAAACCAAAAGAAAAUUGCUUCAAGGUCACCCACUCCAAUAAAGUCUAUGUCCAAAGCAGAGAGGGCAAAAUUAGACUCUUGCAGACAAGGUUAUAGCUCUUCGCCUGAGCCAAGAGUAAGAAACCGAAAACAGAGUCAUUCUCCUGAACAGGCUAAAACCUAUAAAACAACUAUUGCUAAACAGUCCUUGCAAAAAGAGAGUUAUCGCAGGAGCCGGUCAAGAUCACCUGCGUCUCUGAAGCAACAUGGUAAAUCAACAGAAAACAAUACUCUUACUAGCAAGAAAACCUCUUCUAGAGCUAGCACAAGUUCUAGAGUUGUGUCUCCGUCUCCAGAGCGUAAAGCGAUAGGUCAGCGUCGGUCUCUGGAAACCAAGUCACGGGAAUCAUCUAGACAAAGCCAGGGUGAUUUUUCAAGGUCUUCAGCAAAAGUGAUAGACUCUCAGUCUAAUAAAAUGGUUGCUCGUAAAGAAAGAUCAAGAGUCUCAUCCCCAUGUGGUCAGUCUGGUUCCUCUUCAGAACGUGAGAUUAAAUCUAAAACGCCUCCAAAAAAAGGAUCAUCUGGAAUGCUUAUGGGGCAUAAAAGCAGUUAUCAAGAUAAUUCAAGAUCCUCUUCAGAAAGUAAUUCAAGGCUCAAAUCACCUCCGCUUAAGCACAAGUCUUCAGAGCUAGUCAGGAAAACAAAGCAUUAUCAGAGCAAAGCUAGGUCUAGCUCAUCAUCCUCAUCGCAUUAUGAUUCGAGCCGUUCAAGAAGCAGAAACAGGUCUGGAUCUUCAUCAGGUCGGUUAUGUAAAGUAAAACCAUUACAAGUAAGAGCAAGUUCAAAAGGAAAAUCUAAGAGUCUGUCUUCACAGAAGGUUAACUCUGGAUCAUCCUCAGAAUGUGAAUCAAGAUUAUCAAAGGUAGCAAAGUUGAUAAAACACAAGAUUUAUACUAGGUCAUCUGAUGAUGAAUCCAAAUCAAAGAAACCCCAAACCAAGCCUAGAUUUGAAGAGUCCCUAGGAAGUGCCGCAAAAUCAAGGAUGCCAAAACAUAGAGAUGGGGCAAGAUCGUCUUCUGAACAUGAACGUAAAUCUCAAUCUAUACAGCACAGAGCUAGUUCAGCCUCUUCUUCAGAGCGUCCGCUAAAAGAAAAAGUACCUCAGCGCAGGCCUAGUUCUGAAUCUUCAUCGGCAGAACGGCAACCUACUCGGGCACGUAAAAGCAGAUCAAGUUCUGGAUCUUCUGAACGCCAGUCUAACUCUAGACUAUUGGAACAAAAAAAAUCUUUGUCCUCAUCAGUUCUGCAUUCUAAAUCUAGACCAAAUGAAAGCAAAGCAAGCAAAGAGUGUUUGAAUCAGCAAACUAGAUCCAGACCACCGCAGAGAGAAAACCAUUCUGGGUCAUCUUCUGAACAUCAGCCUUUAACCAGGGCACUGCAGAGAGGAAGUAGCUCUGGAUCGCAAUCAGAUAAAGUUAGAACUAGGCGAGCCCAGCACAAAAGUUCUUCUGAAUCAUCCUCUGAACAUGAACAUAAGAGUAAUCAAUCUCAGCGCAGAACUAGUACUUCACCAUUACAACAUGACAACAAAUCUAGGUUGUCCCAGCGAAGUAGUUCAGAAUCAAUAGAAAGAGAACAUAAAUCUGGACCACCUAGUCAUAGAUCUAGUUCUGAAUCUUCAUCGGAUCAGGAUUCAGAUUCAAGGCUCUCUGAAUCUAAAGACUUUUCUCGAUUGGAUCGUGAAGAUCGAUCCAGAAAGUCUACAUCUAAAGACAGUGUUCCUUCACCUCAGCGUGAUACUGAGCAUAAAACAUCUCAACAAAAACUUAUUUCUAGAUCAUCUUCUGAAAGUGAUAGCAGACAUAGGACUCCUGCACAAAAAUCUGUGUCUCCAAAAUCCCCUCACAGUAAAGGUGGUACAGAACUGAAGAGUGAGAAAAAAACGCAUAGUAGCAGGUCUGAAUCGUCAUCGGAGAGAAAAUCAUCAUCUAAAACACCUCCACACAGAACACAGUAUGGCUCACCUCUGCGGGCACUUAGAUCUUCCACUGAUGCAGUUACCCGGAGAUCAAAGUCUCCAGCAUUGACCACAAAUUCUGACCAACGGCAGACAUCUUUACAUACAGGUUCACCACUACAAAUUCCUCGAAAAUCAGCCUCACCUCUUUCACAUAAAGAUACAACUUCUAAACGGCAUAAAUCCAGUCUUCAUUCUGCAAAUACCAGGACUGAAUCUCUUGCAUUUGCUGAUGAAUCAUUGGUACAGUCUAAAUCAACGGAGUCUGAAGACCAGUUUUCACUGUAUGCAGGUUUGGUUCCGCCUCGUGAAACCAAUAAAACCAAGUCUUCUCCCAAGGAAAGUAUGACUGAUGCCCAUUCCACAGUUCAAGCUUUACUCUGUCCAGCUAUUAAUGGAUCAGAGACUAAAUUAGAUCUGCCUCUUUUGACUGAGGGCCAGCAGUUCGAUUUAAAGGCUACUGCAUCAAACCCCAGCAUGGAAGAGGUAACGGCUGAAACUGAAUGUGUGUUAUCAGAAAUGACAUCGGAAUCUCUAGUAAAUGAACUGUCCCAAGGACACAAUGUAAGUCAGAAAUACCCAUCCAAGAAAGGGAAAUCUGGAUCUCUGUGCUCAUCGUCAUCAUCAUCUUCUUCCUCCUCUUCCUCCUCUUCUUCCUCUUCGUCAUCAUCCUCUACUUCAUCAUCAUCCUCUUCUUCCUCCUCCGCCUCCUCAUCUUCAGAAGAUGAGGAAGAUAACUCUUCAAAAAAGCAAAAUAUUGUAGUGUCACCACCUGCAAAGAAGUUAAAGACAACUGAAAGACAGUCAGCAUCUUCACCAUCUUUUAAGCUCAGAACUCUUGAAAACGUGGAUUGUGAUAAAUCUAGGUCAUCUGCACCUAACACACCAGAUGUGGCUAAUAAAAAAAGUAUACAUUCACCAGAACUGGAAAUAACAGACGCUGUACAAUUACAGGCAAGCAUUAAGUCAGGACGUGAAUUAAAGUCACCUACUCUGUCUGCGACAAACAGUCUUACAGAACAGAGCCCUGACUCUCCACUGUCAGGGGAAAAGCUUGCACCAAAAAAGAAAUUGCACAUUGAAAACAAAAUGAAUGAGUCACCAGGACCUGAAGACUGUUACAAGCAAUAUCAUGCUACUAUUCAGGAAAGCAGCCCAGCAAAAUCACAUGAGAAAUAUAAUGAAGCAUCACCCAACAAUUCUGGUCAGGUUGAAGUGACUAAUGAUGAGUGUAGAGUAAGAUUAGAAAAAAGUAUCUCAAGGUCUCCACCAAGGAGUUUCAAAGCUGCCAUGUCACCAAGCAAGUCUCCGUCUAUGGUAACUUGUGAAAGGGCAGACUCUUGUCAGUCUCGGAGCCGGACACCUUCCCCUGAUAUAUCUGACAAAAGGGACGCUCCGCUUCAAAAGAAAUCUACUCCUACAAGAAAAGGUUCAAAGUCUCCAAGUGCAGAUCAUAAGUCUGAGAACAAAAAAUACAGCAGCUCCGAUUCAUCUUCUGAAGACAGCAGUUCUGAUUCUUCAAGUGAAAAUGAACACAGCUCUUCGGAAGAGAGGUCAAUGCAUGUAGGUUUAGAGGCCUCUCCGAGGAAGGACACUAUCCAAGAUCCUCCUCCAAUAAGGCGUAUUGCAUCCCCAGUAAAGAGCAAAUCAUCUGUCCCUCUGAAACCUGAGCCCUUAAGUGAAAAAACAGUCAAAGAUGUUUUAAGAAAGAGCCGCUCAGUUUCUUCUUCCAAGUCACCUGUUAGAGAGAAGGAUCGCUCAUGUUUGGCAGGCAGGGAAUCCCCGAGACAGAAAAAACGAUCCCUUUCACAUUCUCCCUCCAGAAAAGGAACAUCUAGAACACCACCACGGAACAAGGCUAGAACACCUCCCAGAGCAUUUAGAUCCCGCUCCAGGUCAAGGACUGAUAGGCGGUUUCGCAGAGAAAGCUCAAGAUCACCCCCAAGGCGUUAUCGUUCUCGUUCACCUUCCUGGCAGGAGCGAAGGCGGUGGGGCCGCCGUAGAUCUCCAUCAUCUAGACGUGGACGCUCUAGAUCUCCCACGAGGGCUGAGAGACCUUGGCGUUCUCGGCGAGGCCGUUCUGGGUCUUCCCCUUGGAGAGGUAGAUCAAGAUCAUUGUCUAGACAUGAAUCUUCUCGUUAUCCCCGGCGUGGUAGAUCCAGGUCUUCCCCAAGAAGAAGAUCGAGAUCUCCACGUAGACGAGAUAAACAAACCAAUUAUCGCAGGGAAAGAUCUAACUCUUCAAGACGAAGAAGAUCUCGGACUCCACAGAAGAGGUCCCGUUCCCCUGCAAAGAGAGCCAGGUCCCGUUCAAUUGAUAGAAACAAGAGUUCACAGAGCUCCAGAGCUUUAACUUUGCUUAGCGAUGGGCAUUCACCAGCAGCUACGCAAGAGAAAUCUAAUGCUAAUAAUGAGAAUCAGAGGCUGGUGUCCGAAAAAUCUAGACUGUCUCAAAAAAGUGACCUUUCUCCUGUCCGUACUUUAAGCCCAGCUUGUAAAAGUCGUUCAACCUCCCCAUCAAAUUCCACUACUCAUCAGAAAUUUGCCAUUGCUGUUUCAUCCAAGCUGAAGUCCCCAUCACCCCAACUUCUUGAAAAACACAGUGAUAAACUGGGAGGAAGUUCAGACACUAAGCAGACUGGGUACAUAAAAGAUGAUGUUGCUUCCAACAAGAGAGACUCCAGUAGGGGUUCACCUGCGCAGCCAGAGCAUGUACUGGAUGAAUGUAGCAGGUCACCACCAAGACUACUUAGAGAUGUCCCUGGAACCCCUCCAGCAUCUAAAAGUGGGGAAGACAGUUCAGACGUAAUAUUCCAUGACCAGAAAAAAGAUAGUAAGAUGGCUGUAAACAUAGACUCCCCAAAAGAUGAGGCCUUGACAUUGACUGAAGGCACAUCUUCUUCUAUGACCGCAAAUGUUGAAAGUAGGAAUGAGAGGCUUGCAUCACCUGCACAUCCAUUGGGCUCUGCUGGAGAAAGCUUGGCUUCACCAUCUUUAACCUCAAAGUCAAGGAAGCAGAGUAGUUCAUCCGACAGUCCUUCCUCUUCAUCCUCAAGCUCGGACUCUAGUCCCAAGAAGCCUUCUGUGGAUGCUGGGAAUGUUCCUGCUGCAGACAGGGUUCCCAGCCCUAUGCCGGCAGAACCCCCCAAAGCAGCAGAGCCCCCUGUUCCUUUAGAAAGGAAACGGAACUCACGGAGCCGCAGCUCAUCCACUUCCUCGUCCUCAUCCUCCUCCUCGUCAUCCUCCAGUUCUUCGUCCAAUUCAGAUUCCUCCAACUCUUCGUCCUCUUCUUCAAGCUCUUCAUCGUCUUCUUCUUCCUCUCCCUCCAACAAAGCCAGCAGCAAGAAGGGCACAUCUCCUGUUUCUAGACGAUCGCGCAGCCCAAGGAAACCUAUUGACUCUCUGCGUGACUCCCGUUCCCUAAGUUACUCUCCUGCAGAACGAAGGCGCCAGCCAUCUCCCCCACGAAGGCGAGAAAGGGAUUCUGGGAGGAAUCGGGACUCACCAGAACGGAAGAGGCGAAAGGAUUCACCCGGCUCCAGACACUCUCACAAAAGAACGUCAAGGUCUCCAUGAUCCGUUGCCGUCGAUUAACCUGAUUUUUCUUGGACGUUUCCUCCAUCUAUCUGCAAUGACUAUGGGACUUGGUUCGUUCGGUGACCCUUUUUUGCCUGCAAGGGUGCAGACUAUUUACUUUUGAGUGACCCAUAUUGCUUUUUUUUGUGGGGGGGGGGGUCUGAGGCAGCUGAAACUGUGACUGAUACAGGGGGCCUGUGACUCCCCUGCAUCCAUACUGUGUCUGACUGCACUACAUUGGGACGGCUACAUUCACCCCAGGAUUGGCUCUCUUGCCCACGUUGUCCCGACUAUCUUAAACACGGAAUAUGAAAUGUGAACUUGCACCCACCUCACUCGGGUUGUGUCCUCCCUUGCGGGUGACGCCACCCAGCCCUCUACUGGGAGAUGCCGUCUAUAGACUCCGUAUAUCCCCCCCCCUCCCCCGCCGUCUAGGUUACGUCUGCCCAACCCAGCUCCCGUCUUUCGUUCUGCAUCAGCAAUUUCGUAAUAAGUGAAUUUAAAAAGUGAGACUUAUGUUAUGUGUUUAAAAUCUUUUUUUUUUUUUUUGUAAUCUGUACAGCGAGAGAAUCCUUUCUGUCAAUAAAAGAAUGGGCAAAACCCGGAGGUUGUAUUAGUCACUGCCGUGGGCUUGGUACAGAGUCCCCUCUGAGUCUGCGGUUGGUCGAUAUUUUAAUGUCUUCCAUGCUGCGCGAGUUCCCAUGUGAGGCUGCUCUUUAAACAAAAGACUCAGGGCUAGGCUGUAGAUUAUGUCUGAGCAGUUGUCUAGCGUUAGCGCAGAAGAAGCAGCAAAUGAAAGACAAAAGUCAACCACGCCGGCCAAAGGAGGCCAGACCUUGUCGCCGAAUUCCUUCCAUCGAUGCAAAUGCAGCUGCAGUCUCUCUGACCCCUGCCUUCUGGGUCAUCCGUAGGAAUGGCGGGGCUUUCCAUAGGACAGUACAUCCAGUUCAGUGCGGUGCUCUGGGGGUAUCCCGGCUCUGCCUCCACGUUGCCUCCUUGGAAUUUCCAGUACUGCUUUCCCUUGAAGAAAUAAGUGUCACCUGUGGGACAGAUGGGUGGAAGAGUUAAAUGAUGUGUGAAUGAGGCAUUAUUUACAUAAAGAAUUACCUUCUAAUGGAGACUGGGGUGGAUCAUACAUGGGUGCAGUGCAGAGAAACCUAUGUUGGGUCAAGGAUCAUCAAGAAGGUUCUUCUAUAGGUCUUUAGGAGAACCAUAUAGAGAAGAGUUGGUCUGUGCAGGGAACCAAAGCAUUUUUGGAUGGGAAAGAAGCGACUUGAGGACUUGAGUCACCUGACCUGUAAUCUGGCAAAUUCCAGUGAAGUCAGAUCCCAUUGGCUAGAUACGUGUCCUGAGGCGUGUUUGUUGUGAGAAACUACUCUAGGGGGGCAGAGAUGGGUCAAGAUGUUACAGUGCAAAAUGUCUCCUCCAGCUGGCAGCUUUGUUGUCUGGGUUAGCAAAGAUCUAGUUGUUCUCUGCAAGAGCACCCUCUUGUGGCGAGGCAUUCUCACUCCAGCUGUUGAGUGACGGGCCAGAUAUUAGGACUAGUCUUCAUUAUGGACCAGUUGCUCAGUCAAAAUGGCUCUUGAGAAACUUGAACGGCAAGGAUUUUGACAAAGGUGGUGUAAAUCUGAGGGGGGGGUGGUAUGCUGAAAUUUAAAGAAAAACUUCAAUAAAGUCUGGUUGUUUUGGAA